AUGAAAGUAAGACAGGAAGAGGUUAUAGCCAGAGAAGAUAGCAAAGGGUUAGGUGACAGGAAAUACCAAGAAGCUGGAAAGAAAAAGGGAAUUGAUGAGACCCUAAAUAUUCAAGCUGAAGAGAAAGUUUCAGAAAAGCAUAAGAAGGAAGAUACAGAAGAGUGCAAAGCCUAUAAUUGGGAAAAAGAACAGGAGGUGAAGAGGAAAAUGGAAAACAUUGGUACUUCAGAAAGAAGACCAAUAGCUACAUUUCCUAAAACCACUGCUACUACUAAAAGGCUUGUAUCCUCUGCUACACCCAAAACCAAACCUUCCCCUCAACAACCACGUCAAAAGAAGCAAAAGAAAGCUUCACCACCACCUUCAUCCAUUAAACCAACAGAUACUGAUGCAACAAAUGCAUCAGCAAAUGUUAGGCAAACAACUGCUGAGACAACAGUUGUUUCAGCAAAGGUUAGCCAAUCCUCUGCCACAAUCAAUUUCAAUACACCACUAUCAACCCAACUACCUCCAACACCACAAAGAUUCCCUUCACAACCACCUUCACCACCUAAACGACCUCCACCACCAAAAUUCGCCUAUGUACGCAAAAGAAAAACUUUUGUGGUACAAGAAGAUGAUGAGGAGAUUCCAUCACCAAUCCCCUUAUCAUCAGUUCCCAUUCAAACCACUUCAUCCUCAUUACUUCCACCUAAAUCCACUUUGACUCCACCCAUUGGUUCACUGCCAUCUGUCAUCCCCUUGGCUGCUAAAUAUCCUCUAGAACUGCUUGCAUUUCAAAGUGAAAUUGACUCUUUCUUUAAAAUAGAGGAUCCAUCAAAAAGAUCCUUCCCAUCACUUUAUGGCUUCAGACAACCUCAGAACUUGGAUGAGUAUUUGAAAAUGAAAGCAAGACAGACAGAGGUUAUAGCCAGGGAAGAUAGCAAAGGGUUGGGUGACAGGAAAUACAAAGGUCUAUUAUCACAUGAGCUUGACAAAGUCAGAAAGCUUGAUGACUUUUCUAAGGACCUUAGUAAAUCAAUGUAUGAGCAGCCAUUAGAUACUGAGCUUGAAAAGGAACUGAGGGUUGAUUACAUUGAUCAGAUAAUGAAGCACAAGCCUUACAAAGCAACCAGGUCUCAAUUUAAAGACUGGUCAUCAGAUGCUCUUUUGGAAGAAAUUUACAGAAUUACUAAAAUGAAUAAUGAUCCUCCGGUCAAGAAAACUCCACCCAAUUGGAAGAAAUCCAAGCAAGUGGAUCCAGAUGAAGCAGUGAAAUUCAAGUGA